AUGCAUAAUUUGCCUGAUUGGCCAUUGGGGACUGUUUUGAGAUGUUUUGUAGAGGUGAAGAAGGAGCUGAAGGAAGAUCCAGUGGCUCAAACAAAGAGAUUGGCUGAAUUCUUAGGAUUUCCUUUCUCCAUGGAAGAAGAGAAAACAGGUGUGGUUAACCAAAUUGUUGAUUUUUGCAGUUUCAACAAUUUGAAAGAUUUGGAGGUCAACAAAACUGGAAAAAUGGCAGAAACAAUAUUACCUAAUAAUUUGUUUUUCAGGAGUGGAAAAGUGGGUGAUUAUGUUAAUUAUCUCACUCCUGCUGCUGUGGAACGUUUCAAUAACAUUUUAGAAGAAAAAUUAAGUGGAUCUGGUUUAACAUUCAAGUAA